AUGACCGCAACGGGAUCGGCGAAAAAAUACCAGCGAGUAACCCUCAUAUCGGUAUUCAUCACCAUUCGGACAUAUGUAGAGUCGAUAGAGGCGUCGAUAGUUAUCGAUGCUUAUGUGGCCAGCUGUGCUGCACUGGGAACUCUGCGAUUGAACCGUAGCCAUCUGCCGCUCUUAGAGGAGCUGCAUCUGCUGGCCAAGAAUGUUGUGGAAGUGAAAGGAGUCCAGUGGCAGGACUUCAACGUAGGAUUCCACGCGGAACCUAGCAUGCAAAGGCUCCACCUGCACGUCAUCUCCAGGGACUUCGUAUCAACAAGCUUGAAGACCAAGAAGCAUUGGAACUCAUUCAACACCGAGCUGUUUGUGCCCUACACAAAGCUUUACGCCCAGCUGGAGAAGGAGAAUAGCAUUUCGCGACUCCCGAAAUCACUGAAAGACGAGCUGCUGGCCAAGCCACUCAUUUGUAAUCAGUGCGAGUUUGUAGCGAAAAAUUUGCCAUCACUCAAGGGGCAUCUGGUGGGGCACCUUCAAGAUCCGAAAUCAGUUUGCCAGCGAACCACUAGCGCCGACUAGGGAACCAGUUCAUUCCCACAGAAAGCAGAAGAGUCAGCUGGGCUGCUUUCAAAUUGCUUUGAUUUCGGGAAUUUCCACGGAUACAAAAAGAAAAUGGAGGCGGAUAAAUUGGCAUUUUUCCGAGAUGAGCUGAAGCGCAAGCUAAAGGAUAAGAGGAACUUCCUUAUCGAGAGUGACCGGGCGGUUGUCAUUAAAGCGGACUAUCCUAAAUCGCAAUACCACUUUAGGGUGGUGGCCAAGGAAGAGUUCAGGGAUAUAACUGAGUUAACCGAAGAGCAGCUGCCCUUGCUGGAUCACAUGAUGGAUCUGGCGAAUCAAAUCAUCGAGAAGCAGAAGCACCUGGAGUCGCGUAAUUUUCUCAUCGGUUUCAAAGUCAACACCUUCUGGAAUCGUCUAAAUCUCCAUGUUAUUUCUGACGACUUCUAUUCCAUGGCCAUGAAACGUCCAAGUCACUGGAAUAGUUUCAAUACGGAACUAUUCAUGCCCUUUCAAAUUGCGUACUUGAUGCUCAGUGUUCAGGGAUCCAUUGAAUCCAUUUCGGAGGAGACAUACAAUAAGUUGCGAGAUAAGAUGCCAUUGCGAUGCAACCAGUGCGAAUUUGUUACUAAUAUGCUGCUGGAUCUGAAAGCUCACUUGUAUCAGCACUGGCGGCUCAAGGAAGACAAGCGCGAUCAGAAAAAAAAAGUCGAUAAAAUAAUGAAAAUGAUAUCUGAAACCAAACUGGAUGAGGCGGAGGCAAAACCGGAGCUGCUGCCUGAAGAACCUAUUCAAACUCAGCCCGUUGCCGCUAUCGCCCAGUAUUCCAAUGAAAAUCCAGGCAAGCCCUUAACGCCGGAACAGCAGCAGGCCCAGAAUGGUUACGACAAAUACAUUAACGGACCUCCUGUGAACAUGAUGAAUCAGAAGAAUCCCAACAAUCAGUUCCGGAACAAUCCGCACUUUGAUAGACAACCACAGAAACCGCAGCAGCCCCGUUUUAGGCCACGUGGACCAAUGGCUCCUCGGACUGGUCCACGCUUUCCGCAUAAUCAACAGCACAACAGAUUCAGGGCUCCAGGAUUCAACGCAUGUCGUCAACCUCAUCCACUGUACCAUUCAGGGCGUCAGCAAUUUCCGAAUGCUGCAUCAGUCAGCGGUCGUCAAGCUGGGCCGCCAAGUCAGCAAAAGGGAGCUAGACAGAAAUGGAAUCCAAAUAAGAUAUUCAAUCCACAGAACCGCCAGAAUGCAGUCCAAGCCCAGCCACAAACUCCAUCAUCUUAGGAUCAUUUUUCCUAUUGAAACAAUUCCUAAUUCCAAAUUUCCAAAAGCAGUUGGUAAACUACCAGAAAGACUUUAGAUCCACAAAAAUCUUUCCCAAAUUGGCAUUUUGUAGUGAAUCAAGACCUCAGAAGUGAUACCAAGCCUCUAAAAUCAUUAAACCAAAGGUUUAUGAUUUCGAAUUACAUAUAAUUAAACAUUUUAACACAACCAAUUAGCAUUGUUAUUGCAUUUAAAGAGCGACAUCGAUAAAAACAGCAGAUGCUAAAUCUAUCUUAUGUUAUAUCAUUAUAUAUAUAAAUAUACAUUGCCAAACUAAAAACCUUUUUUUAUAAUCCUUAUAUUUUUAUCUAAAUAAAAAUAAAUUCGUAAUGAUACCCCAAAAA